AUGUCAGGGGGAAUCUCUGCUACCAUAGCCACCAGCAGGCUGCGAGCCGAGGGAAUGGGCUCCAACGACCACGCUGUCCCCUUCCUUAACCAGGCCAGUUUGUUUGUUUCUAAUGGUUUUGUAACCGUGGCAGUAUCCCAAAUGGCACCCUAUUCCCUAUAUAGUGCACUACUUUAGACCAGAGAAUGGCACCCUAUUCCCUAUAUAGUGCACUACUUUAGACCAGAGAAUGGCACCCUAUUCCCUAUAUAGUGCACUACUUUAGACCAGAGAAUGGCACCCUAUUCCCUAUAUAGUGCACUACUUUAGACCAGAGAAUGGCACCCUAUUCCCUAUAUAGUGCACUACUUUAGACCAGAGAAUGGCACCCUAUUCCCUAUAUAGUGCACUACUUUAGACCAGAGAAUGGCACCCUAUUCCCUAUAUAGUGCACUACUUUAGACCAGAGAAUGGCACCCUAUUCCCUAUAUAGUGCACUACUUUAGACCAGGGCCCAUAGGGAACAGGGUGCCAUUUGGGACGCAGUCUUUUUUUUAUUAGAUGUUAUUUGUUUUUACCGUCGAGGACCACUUUGGAAAUAACUAUUUAAUAAUUCAAGAUUGAUUUAAUGCUUUCAAGAUCAAACGCACAUCUUGUUGCUGUAUCUAUUGAUGUAUGUGUUCUUUUUUUAUUACAUUAUUUUUAUUCAUUUCCACCAGGACUAUGAGGCUCUGCGGCAGGAGUGUCUGGAGACGGGGUGUCUGUUCGAGGACCCCUCCUUCCUAGCCGAGCCUCCCUCUCUGGGCUUCAAGGAACUGGCCCCCUACUCCGCCAAGACCAGGGACGUGGAAUGGAUGAGACCCACGGUGAGAGGGGGAUAAAGAGAGAGAAGGAGAGAGAGAGAGGAGUGGGUAAUGGUUUAAAGUCUCUGCGUCUCAGUUAAAUGCUAACGCAUAGUUUAGGGCAGUUCAUUAAGAACGUGUUGUUGGUUUGAGAGCUGAUGUUAGCUGGACACGGAAUGGAUGAGGCCCACGGUGAGAGGGGUGCUAGAGAGACAGGGAGUGGGUGAUGGUUGAAGUAAUAAUAAUAAUAAUAAUAAUAAUAUGCCAUUUAGCAGACGCUUUUAUCCAAAGCGACUUACAGUCAUGUGUGCAUACAUUUUCUUUUGUGUAUGGGUGGUCCCGGGGAUCGAACCCACUACCUUGGCGUUACAAGCGCCGUGCUCUACCAGCUGAGCUACAGAGGACCAUGGCUGUGUGUGUGUCAUUUUCAUACUAGCAGGGUAGUUCAGGGAAGUUGAUUUGUAGGGAGAGGCGUGUCAUUGGUUUGAGAGCUGAUGUUAGAUUCAGUUAUAAAGGGACAGUAUGUACACUACACACACAGAUCACAUUAAUCAAACAAGGUUGACCACCAGUCUUGUUGUUCACUCCAUGGACCCAUAAUGCACUGCAGGACCGUUGCAUUCCUACUUCCUUGUCUAUAAAGCAGCAUGCCUGUCCCUGUCACACUCUGCUAUGGCUGGCAUGUGGUGCAGUAUGGGACGACACUUACAGUGCCUUGCAAAAGUAUUCAUCCCACUUGGCGUUUUUUUGUUGCAUUACAACCUGUAAUUUAAAUGGAUUUUUAUUUGGAUUUCAUGUAAUGGACAUACACAAAAUAGUCCAAAUUGGUGAAGUGAAAUGAAAAAAAUAACUUGUUUCAAAAAAUUCAAAAAAAUAAAUAACGGAAAAGUGGUGCGUGCAUAUGUAUUCACCCCCUUUGCUAUGAAGCCCCUAAAUAAGAUCUGGUGCAACCAAUUACCUUCAGAAAUCACAUAAUUAGUUAAAUAAAGUCCACCUGUGUGCAAUCUAAGUGUCACAUGAUCUGUCACAUGAUCUCAGUAUAUUUACACCUGUUCUGAAAGGCCCCAGAGUCUGCAACACCACUAAGCAAGGGGCACCACCAAGCAAGCGGCACCAUGAAGACCAAGGAGCUAGGUCAGGGACAAAGUUGUGGAGAAGUACAGAUCAGGGGUUGGGUUAUAAAAAAAUAUCAGAAACUUUGAACAUCCCACGGAGCACCAUUAAAUUCAUUAUUAAAAAAUGGAAAGAAUAUGGCACCACAACAAACCUGCCAAGAGAGGGCCGCCCACCAAGACUCACAGACCAGGCAAGGAGGGCAUUAAUCAGAGAGGCAACAAAGAGACCAAAGAUAACCCUGAAGGAGCUGCAAAGCUCCACAGCGGAGCUUGGAGUAUCUGUCCAUAGGACUACUUUAAGCCGUACACUCCACAGAGCUGGGCUUUACGGAAGAGUGGCCAGAAAAAAGCCAUUGCUUAAAGAAAGAAAUAAGCAAACAUGUUUGGUGUUCACCAAAAGGCAUGUGGGAGACUCCCCAAACAUAUGGAAGAAGGUACUCUGGUCAGAUGAGACUAAAAUUGAGCUUUUUGGCCAUCAAGGAAAACGCUAUGUCUGGCGCAAACCCAACACCUCUCAUCACCCCGAGAACACAAUCCCCACAGUGAAGCAUGGUGGUGGCAGCAUCAUGCUGUGGGGAUGUUUUUCAUCGGCAGGGACUGGGAAACUGGUCAGAAUUGAAGGAAUGAUGGAUGGCGCUAAAUACAGGGAAAUUCUUGAGGGAAACCUGUUUCAGUCUUCCACAGAUUUGAGACUGGGACGGAGGUUCACCUUCCAGCAGGACAAUGACCCUAAGCAUACUGCUAAAGCAACACUCGAGUGGUUUAAGGGGAAACAUUUAAAUGUCUUGGAAUGGCCUCGUCAAAGCCCAGACCUCAAUCCAAUUGAGAAUCUGUGGUAUGACUUAAAGAUUGCUGUACACCAGCGGAACCCAUCCAACUUGAAGGAGCUGGAGCAGUUUUGCCUUGAAGAAUGGGCAAAAAUCCUAGUGGCGAGAUGUGCCAAGCUUAUAGAGAUAUACCCCAAGAGACUUGCAGCAACUUGCUGCAAAAGGUGGCUCUACAAAGUAUUGACUUUGGGGGGGUGAAUAGUUAUGCACGCUCAAGUUUUCUGGUUUUUUUGUGUUAUUUCUUGUUUGUUUCACAAGAAAAAAUAUUUUGCAUCUUCAAAGUGGUAGGCAUGUUCUGUAAAUCAAAUGAUACGAACCCCCCAAAAAUCAAUUUUAAUUCCAGGUUGUAAGGCAACAACAUAGGAAAAAUGCCAAGGGGGGUGAAUACUUUCGCAAGCCACUGUAGGUUGAUCAGUGUCGUAUGACCUGUGUUGUUGUUGUUGUUGUUGUAUAUUGCACUGCUGAACAGUUAGAUUGCCAAUCUAGACUAUAGCAUGGCUGUCACACCCUUCUCCUUCAGCUGCCGCUAUGACUGGCAUUUAUGGGACAAGUAGACACAGGUAGAAAGGAAUGUCUCAGUCUGUCCAGUAGAGACCGGUAAAGACAGGAACAGGAAGGAACAUCUCAGUCAGUCCCGUAGAGACCAGUAGAGACAGGAACAGGAAGGUACCUCUCAGUCAGUCCAUUAAAGACCAGUAGAGACAGAAAGGAAGGAACCUCUCAGUCAGUCUAGUAGAGACCAGUAGAGACAGGAACAGGAAGGAAUCUCUUAGUCAGUCCAGUAGAAACCAGUAUAGACAGGAACAGGAAGGAACUUCUCAGUCAGUCCAGUAGAGACCAGUAGAGACAGGAACAGGAAGUAAACUCUCACUCAGUCUAGUAGAAAACAGUAGAGACAGGAACUGGAAGGAACCUCUCAGUCAGUCCAGUAGAGACAGGAAUAGGAAGGAACAUCGCAGUCUGUCCAGUAGAGACAGGAAUAGGAAGGAACAUCGCAGUCUGUCCAGUAGAGACAGGAAUAGGAAGGAACAUCGCAGUCUGUCCAGUAGAGACAGGAAGGAACCACUCAUUCAGUCCAGUAAAAACCAGUAUAUACAGGAAGGAAGUAACCUCUCAGUCUGACCAGUAGAGACAGGAACAGGAAGUAACCUCUGUCUGACCAGUAGAGACAGGAACAUGAAGGCAGCUCUCAGUCAGUAUAGUAGCGACAGGAACAGGAAGGAACCUUUCAGUCAGUCUGGUAGAGACAGAAAACGGAAGGAACCUCUGUCAGUCCAGUAGAGACCGGUAGAGACAGGAAGGAACAUCUGUCAGUGUAGUAGAGUCCAGUAGAGACAGGAACAGGAAGGAACAUCGCAGUCUGUCCAGUAGAGACCAGUCAGUAGCGCGAGUAACAGGAAGGAAGCUCUCAGUUAGUCCAGUUGAGACAUGAAGGAAGUAACCUCUCAGUCAGUCCAGUAAAGACCAGUAGAGACAGGAACAUGAAUUAACCUCUGUCAGUCCAGUAAAUACCAGUAGAGACAGGAACGAACAUCUGUCAGUCCAGUAGAGACAGGAACAGGAAGGAACCUCUCAGUCAGUCCAGUAGAGACAAGUAGAGAUAGGAACAGGAAGGAACUUCUCAGUCAGUCCAGUAAGGACCAGUAGAGACAGGAACAGGAAGGAACUUCUCAGUCAGUCCAGUAAGGACCAGUAGAGACAGGAACAGGAAGGAACCUCUGUCAGUCCAGUAGAGACAAGUAGAGAUAGGAACAGGAAGGAACUUCUCAGUCAGUCCAGUAAGGACCAGUAGAGACAGGAACAGGAAGUAAACUCUCAGUCAGUCCAGUAGAGACCGGUAGAGACAGGAAGGAACAUCUGUCAGUCCAGUAGAGACCAGUAGAGAUAGGAACUGGAAGGAAGUUCUCAGUCAGUCCAGUAGAGACAGGAACAGGAAGGAACCUCUGUCUGUCCAGUAGAGACAGGAACAGGAAGUAAACUCUCAGUCAGUCCAGUAGAGACCGGUAGAGACAGGAAGGAACAUCUGUCAGUCCAGUAGAGACCAGUAGAGACAUCAACAGGAAGGAACCUCUCAGUCAGUCCAGUAGAGACCAAUAGAGACAGGAACAGGAAGGAACCUCUCAGUCAGCUCAGUAGAGAGACAGGAACUGGAAGGAAGUUCUCAGUCUGUCCAGUAGAGACCAGUGCAGCUUGUGACCAGUCUUCUCCUUGUGACCAGUCUUCUCCUUGUGACCAGUCUUCUCCUUGUGACCAGUCUUGUCCUUGUGACCAGUCUUCUCCUUGUGACCAGUCCUUGUGACCAGUCUUCUCCUUGUGACCAGUCUUCUCCUUUUGACCAGUCUUCUCCUUACCACUUCCUAGAUUUGCCACUUGUUUACCUCCGUUGCAUAUGUUAUAGAAUUGCUCAGAGAGCCAGAUAUGCUCAGCUAUCAGAAAAAAUAGAAUCAUCAGACAUAUAAAUGCUAUAAAUGUACUUCCACAGGUCAAUUUAAUUGUUGAAUUGUGAGAAGAUCAAUAGGAAAAAGACAGUCCAAGAAUGUCUGUUUGCUGUGCAGUCCCUCUCACCUACAGUCAGUGACUUUUACCAGAGUCUAAUCCAGUCCUCCCUUCGCUCUCCUUCCCUCCAGGAGCUGACAGAUGACCCUCAGUUCAUCCUGGGAGGAGCUACCAGAACAGACAUCUGCCAGGGAGCGCUAGGUGAGUUCUGCGUAAACAGAGACCAGAAGUCUUUAAAAAAAAACUUUACUAGUACUACCUGAAAGGCUCUUUGCUAAACCCCCAACGGUCUACCACAGUACUUGGCUUGUACAAGAAUGACGGAACAACAUAAUUACAUAUACAAUUUAACAGACGCUCUUAUUCAGAGCGACUUAUAGUCAGUGCAUUCAACGUAAGCUAGGUAGCUAAGCUAGGUAGCUAGGUAAGACAACCACAAAGUCUUGUCAUCUUACCUCUCUCCUCUCUCUGGUUUUUACACAGAGAAUGCACUGAUAGUGCCCACAUCAUAUCUCAUGUUGCCUCCACCCUACUCAAGAUUUACAACAUGCUUUUACCUUAGUCAUCAAUGUGUGGCCUGUUUAAUUAACCUCCAUUAAAUUAGAGUGCGGUAGUAGCUGGUUCAGGAAAUCAAACAAGUUCCCCUUUUCACAGGUUCAGAGUGUGGAUAUUUCGUAGAACAGAGUUGGACUGUGGGGCAGGACAGUACACACUGGUCUGGCUCUGGUCCAGGGUGUUAGUGCUGCUAGCUAACACUAAGCCUUCCCCCUAGAGGAACCAACUUCACACUAACGUCCUGGACCAGAGCUGGGUUGGCCCUGGCUGACAUCCAUUCCCAAGCACAGCCUGGUACACACUCCACCUGCUGGCCAUUCAAUUAAAUGAUUGCAACAAUUUUUCUCUCUCUCUGUCUCUCUCUCUCUUUCAAUUCAAUUCAAUUCAAUUUCAAUUUAAGGGGCUUUAUUGGCAUGGGAAACAUAUGUUAACAUUGCCAAAGCAAGUGAAAUAGAUCAUAAACAAAAGUGAAAUAAACAAUAAAAAAUAUAACAGUAAACAUUACACUCACAAAGUUAAAAAAUAAUAAAGACAUUUCAAAUGUCAUAUUAUGUUAAAGUAGUUAAAGUACAAAAAUAAAAAUAAAUAAACAUAAAUAUAGGUUGUAUUUACAAUGGUGUUUGUUCUUCACCUGGUUGCCCUUUUCUUGUGGCAACAGGUCACAAAUCUUGCAGCUGUGAUGGCACACUGUGGUUUUUCACCCAGUAGAUAAGGGAGUUAAUCAAAAUUGGAUUUGUUUUCGAAUUCUUUGUGGGUCGUGUAAUCUGAGGGAAAUAUGUGUCUCUAAUAUGGUCAUACAUUUGGCAGGAAGUUAGGAAGUGCAGCUCAGUUUCCACCUCAUUUUGUGGGCAGUGAGAACCAACAAAAGUAUUUACCCCCCCCCCUCCCUCCUCCCCCUCCCCUCCCCCCCCCUCCUUCCUCCCCCCCCCCCCCCCCCCCCCCCCUCCUCCCUCCUUCCCUACCCCCCUCCUUCCUUCCCUCCCCAGGUGAUUGCUGGCUCCUAGCAGCCAUAGCCUCUCUAACACUCAAUGAGAGGCUGCUCCACCGAGUGGUCCCUCAUGGUCAGUCCUUCCAAGAGGACUACGCUGGGAUCUUCCACUUUCAGGUACGACUACACACACACACACACACACACACACACACACACCAAAAGCAUCUCCCUCCUGUCAGGUUCCAUGUAAAUGUAAACCGAACACACUUGCAGGGUUAUAGCAUCCUUUAAUUCCAUCGGCAAGGCAAUUACAUUAUAUUAAAUUCAAUAAUAAUAAUAUGAAUCUCUUGUUUGCUGAAAUGAUCGACCCAUAAUGGACCUUCUUUGAGUCAGUUGAACAGGGAUAAUCAAUAGACUUUGAAGUGAAGCACUUAUUCAGUGACUAUAUUCAUAGAUCGCACCUCCGCCACUCGGUCGCGUCAUCCAAGACGCCCUCCGCCAUUGUGGUGCCCAAAACCCAGUCAUUCUGAACGGAGGCUAAUGACUGUUUCGUCUAAAUUACACAAUAGUCGCCUGGAAAUACGAUGACAUUGCUAAAGUAGGCAAAUAUUUAGUAGGAAACAACUUUGCCAUCAUUAUCAUGUCGUCAAAUUUACUUUAGACUGAUGUCAUUAGCUAGCAAAAUUAUUCAAAAAUAGCUAGCAAUGCUAACGUUAGCUAUCUAAACUCCGCUUAAUCUUAGCUAGCUAUAUAAAGUUAUACUGUAUUUUAAAGUAAAUCUGGUGACAUUAAAAUGAUGACAUUAAAAUGAUGACAAAAGGUUUUCAUACUAAUUAUUUGCCUUUAGAAAUGUCAUCGUGUUUCCAAGCCAUAGUAAUGCACUUUAGACCAAAAAAUCUUCAUCAGCGCCCAAUGAGGAUGCAUUGAGUUCAAAACAGUAAUGUGACGAAACAUGCAACCCGUGUUAUCACGGUCACGAUGUAGUUGGAUAAUAGGGAUGUGACAAAUUGCCAAUUUUGCUUUACGUUUAGUGCCAGGCAAUGACGUUAUAUAUAUAUAUAUAUAUAUAUACUGCAGUCCUAUACCUUUGAAAGCACCUUGGCUACGACAUGUUUGUUUAUCUGUAAAAGGUGCUGCAUGGUCAAUCCGACGUCUGCAUUGGCCCUGCAGCAUUUACGGUGAUAUGGCCUCUGCAGAAGUCAGGACAUUCAUACUUCUUGCACUUCGCGGAGCAGCGCAGCCCUGUUGUUAAGGAAGUGAGUUUGUGUUUAUACAGGACCUCCCGCCCCCCCCACCGACCAUCAACCAAUCAUGUCAAUGCGGAGCUAUACAGAGCUACUGUAUAUGGAGCCCUCUGCAUUCUUUCACAAUUUGGGAGGCGCACGGCGAUGCAGCACAGAGGGCUGAUCAGGCAUACGUUGGCUUUAAGGGUAACAGCUUUCUAAAUGCUGACACACAACCUUCUCUGGAGAUGGUUUAGAAGCGCCACUGAAUGGGCAUUUACUUGUCUGUAAAGGAAUGCCGCUUUCUGAAGUGCGACUAAUGUCCAUCACUAGACGACCUGAACUGUCAAUCAAAUAAUCUCGAGGUGCCUGCGUGCAGCCUGCCUGCCUGCUGCCUGGGCGCAGAUCACUCUCUCCUAAUUUUUUUUAUUUUAAAGUUAGUUAAAUACCGUGACUUUUAGUAGAAAGAAAACACAUCUUCCGAACCGUACACUAGGCCUAUCUAUCAGUAUAGGCAGGUCAGCCACCAGACAGACAGUCAGAACCGUACACUAGGCCCAUCUAUCAGUAUAGGCAGGUCAGCCACCAGACAGACAGUCAGAACCGUGCACUAGUCCUAUCUAUCUUCAAUCAAAAGCUGUAUCUCACAAUGGAAUGCUGUAUUUUGCAAUAUCUUGGCUUGCAAUGUCUCGCAACUUCAGUAAAGCAGGGCCUAUCAUCAAAGAAUAGGCUGGGAUAUUCUACAGGCAGCAGACCGAAGACUGAACACACUGGCCUCCUUAGGGAAGAGAGAGAGAGCAGGCAAGACAGCUGGGAUUUCAAUUUUGUGUGGACAAAAACAUAGUUUCUUCGUUAGGGAUUUUUCUUAACAUUAAGAAUCUCAAUUCUGUUUAAACGUUCACAACCAUACUGGAUAUGUUUAUCAGGUGACUGAUAAACAAUAAUCAUAUAUUAUUACUACUUGUGUGGUCUACAUUGGCUUGUGAGACUAGGGUCAGUCUCAGUCCACAAGAAUGCUGCCCUUUUGAGGUAGCAUUUUAAGGAAGUCACCAUUGUUUUAUUGAGACCCACCCUAGGUUUCAGGAGACAGCUGUGUUCAGUGUUUUGCUACCCAGCUGAAGUUGGUAAAAAAAAAAAAAGAUGUCUCUCUGUCUUCAGUUCUGGCAGUUUGGUGAGUGGGUGGACGUGGUGAUUGAUGACCGGCUGCCAACGAAGGAUGGAGAGCUGCUGUUCGUCCACUCCGCCGAGGGCAAUGAGUUCUGGAGCGCCCUGCUGGAGAAGGCCUACUCCAAGUACGUCAACAAAGGCCUGGGUUGCGUCCCAAAUUGGAGCUCUGUUCCCUAUUAAGUGCACUACUUUUAACCAGGGCCCAUGUGCAUGUAGUAUAAACACUCUGUCAUAUAGAGUUCAUGAUGUGUGACGUGUGUUUAUCCCUGUGUGUAAUAAUAAUAAUAAUAAUAAUAAUUAGUCAUUUAGCAGACGCUCUUAUCCAGAGCGACUUACAGGAGCAAUUAGGGUUAAGUGCCUUGCUCAAGGGCACAUCGACAGAUUUUUCACCUAGUCGGCUCGGGGAUUAGAACCAGCAACCUUUCGGUUACUGGCACAACGCUCUUAACCACUAAGCUACCUGCCGCCCUAAUACUGUCUCUGAUAAGUGAAUGUGUAUCCCUGUGUGUCUCCCCCCGUCAGGCUGAAUGGUUCCUACGAGGCUCUGUCUGGAGGCAGCACCACAGAAGGGUUUGAGGACUUCACCGGUGGUGUGUCUGAGAUGUACGAGCUCCGGAAGGCUCCACGGGACCUGUACAGGAUCAUCAGCAAAGCCCUGGACAGAGGCUCCUUGCUGGGCUGCUCCAUCGACGUGAGUCCCCCUUCCCUGGUCCUCCUGGUACUGCGGUCCUGGAAAACAGCCAGGGGACAGUUAGUUUGAUGUUCCUACAACAUUAUCAUGACCUUGAAAUAGUCAUAACAUAGCUUUAACGUAGUCAUAAAACAACAUUAUCAUGACCUCGCAGGACAUAGUGUAACUGGUCGGAUUCGACAUCUUAACCAUUAGGCCAAGGGGAAAUUCCUCAUUGCGAGAGCGUGGUUCCAAAUCAGCUCCACCACAAUAGCAUAAAAUAGUCAAUUCAUCCAGCCCCACAAUAAGAUAACACUGAUUCAGAUGCAUCAUGGAUCUUGUAUUUUUCUAAUUACAUCUUGUGACUACAGAUAACCAGUGCCUUUGACAUGGAGUCUGUCACGUUCAAGAAGCUGGUGAAAGGACAUGCCUACUCAGUCACCGGCCUCAAGCAGGUAGGUUUAUACCAGACUAGGAACCCUGGUUUUACCUGGGUCUGACUCCAAUGUAUCUGGGUCUUCCCAGGUUAUCAGACCCUGCUUUGGCACCCUGGUCCAGAGGUCUUACCAGUCACUGUGUUUCUAGUGUGUUGUUAGUAUGUAGACUGUGUCUCUAGUGUGUUGUUAGUAUGUAGACUGUGUUUCUAGUGUGUUGUUAGUAUGUAGACUGUGUUUCUAGUGUGUUGUUAGUAUGUAGACUGUGUUUCUAGUGUGUUGUUAGUAUGUAGACUGUGUCUCUAGUGUGUUGUUAGUAUGUAGACUGUCUCUAGUGUGUUGUUAGUAUGUAGACUGUAUCUCUAGUGUGUUGUUAGUAUGUAGACUGUCUCUAGUGUGUUGUUAAUAUGUAGACUGUCUCUAGUGUGUUGUUAGUAUGUAGACUGUAUCUCUAGUGUGUUGUUAGUAUGUAGACUGUCUCUAGUGUGUUGUUAGUAUGUAGACUGUGUUUCUAGUGUGUUGUUAGUAUGUAGACUGUGUUUCUAGUGUGUUGUUAGUUGGUAGACUGUCUCUAGUGUGUUGUUAGUAUGUAGACUGUGUUUCUAGUGUGUUGUUAGUAUGUAGACUGUGUUUCUAGUGUGUUGUUAGUAUGUAGACUGUGUUUCUAGUGUGUUGUUAGUUGGUAGACUGUCUCUAGUGUGUUGUUAGUAUGUAGACUGUGUUUCUAGUGUGUUGUUAGUUGGUAGACUGUCUCUAGUGUGUUGUUAGUAUGUAGACUGUGUUUCUAGUGUGUUGUUAGUAUGUAGACUGUGUCUCUAGUGUGUUGUUAGUAUGUAGACUGUGUCUAGUGUGUUGUUAGUAUGUAGACUGUCUCUAGUGUGUUGUUAGUUGGUAGACUGUGUCUCUAGUGUGUUGUUAGUAUGUAGACUGUGUCUAGUGUGUUGUUAGUAUGUAGACUGUCUCUAGUGUGUUGUUAGUUGGUAGACUGUGUCUAGUGUGUUGUUAGUAUGUAGACUGUCUCUAGUGUGUUGUUAGUUGGUAGACUGUGUUUCUAGUGUGUUGUUAGUAUGUAGACUGUGUUUCUAGUGUGUUGUUAGUAUGUAGACUGUGUCUAGUGUGUUGUUAGUUGGUAGACUGUCUCUAGUGUGUUGUUAGUAUGUAGACUGUGUCUAGUGUGUUGUUAGUUGGUAGACUGUCUCUAGUGUGUUGUUAGUAUGUAGACUGUGUCUAGUGUGUUGUUAGUUGGUAGACUGUCUCUAGUGUGUUGUUAGUAUGUAGACUGUGUCUAGUGUGUUGUUAGUAUGUAGACUGUCUCUAGUGUGUUGUUAGUUGGUAGACUGUGUCUAGUGUGUUGUUAGUAUGUAGACUGUCUCUAGUGUGUUGUUAGUUGGUAGACUGUGUUUCUAGUGUGUUGUUAGUAUGUAGACUGUGUUUCUAGUGUGUUGUUAGUAUGUAGACUGUGUCUAGUGUGUUGUUAGUUGGUAGACUGUCUCUAGUGUGUUGUUAGUAUGUAGACUGUGUCUAGUGUGUUGUUAGUUGGUAGACUGUCUCUAGUGUGUUGUUAGUAUGUAGACUGUGUUUCUAGUGUGUUGUUAGUAUGUAGACUGUCUCUAGUGUGUUGUUAGUUGGUAGACUGUCUCUAGUGUGUUGUUAGUUGGUAGACUGUCUCUAGUGUGUUGUUAGUAUGUAGACUGUCUCUAGUGUGUUGUUAGUAUGUAGACUGUCUCUAGUGUGUUGUUAGUAUGUAGACUGUGUUUCUAGUGUGUUGUUAGUAUGUAGACUGUCUCUAGUGUUUUGUUAGUAUGUAGACUGUUUCUAGUGUGUUGUUAGUAUGUAGACUGUGUCUCUAGUGUGUUGUUAGUUUGUAGACUGUGUUUCUAGUGUGUUGUUAGUAUGUAGAAUGUGUCUCUAGUGUGUUGUUAGUAUGUAGACUGUGUCUCUAGUGUGUUGUUAGUAUGUAGACUGUGUUUCUAGUGUGUUAGUAUGUAGACUGUGUCUGUAGUGUGUUGUUAGUAUGUAGACUGUGUCUGUAGUGUGUUGUUAGUAUGUAGACUGUGUUUCUAGUGUUUUGUUAGUGUGUAGACUGUGUCUGUAGUGUGUUGUUAGUAUGUAGACUGUGUCUCUAGUGUGUUGUUAGUUGGUAGACUGUGUUUCUAGUGUGUGUUAGUAUGUAGACUGUCUCUAGUGUGUUGUUAGUAUGUAGACUGUCUCUAGUGUGUUGUCAGUAUGUAUACUGUGUCUGUAGUGUGUUGUUAGUUGGUAGACUGUCUCUAGUGUGUUGUCAGUAUGUAGACUGUGUCUCUAGUGUGUUGUUAGUAUGUAGACUGUGUUUCUAGUGUGUUGUUAGUAUGUAGACUGUGUCUCUAGUGUGUUGUUAGUAUGUAGACUGUCUCUAGUGUGUUGUUAGUAUGUAGACUGUGUCUCUAGUGUGUUGUUAGUAUGUAGACUGUGUUUCUAGUGUGUGUUAGUAUGUAGACUGUGUCUCUAGUGUGUUGUUAGUAUGUAGACUGUCUCUAGUGUGUUGUUAGUAUGUAGACUGUCUCUAGUGUGUUGUUAGUAUGUAGACUGUGUCUCUAGUGUGUUGUCAGUAUGUAGACUGUGUCUCUAGUGUGUUGUUAGUAUGUAGACUGUGUCUCUAGUGUGUUGUUAGUAUGUAGACUGUGUCUCUAGUGUGUUGUUAGUAUGUAGACUGUCUCUAGUGUGUUGUUAGUAUGUAGACUGUCUCUAGUGUGUUGUUAGUAUGUAGACUGUGUCUCUAGUGUGUUGUUAGUAUGUAUACUGUUUUUAUAGUGUGUUGUUUUUAUGUAGACUGUCUCUAGUGUGUUGUUAGUAUGUAGACUGUGUUUCUAGUGUGUUGUUAGUAUGUAGACUGUGAGUGUUAGUGAUAUCUGACUACCCCUGUCCUGUUCCAGGUGGACUACCAGGGUCAGGUGGAGAGGCUGAUCAGGGUGAGGAACCCCUGGGGACAGGUGGAGUGGACUGGGGCCUGGAGCGACAAGUGCGUCUCCUCUACCUCUAACCCUCACAUUAACACUGCUAUAACAGAACCACCACUUCCACAAGCAAAAUGUUAUUACAACCGACACAACUACCACUAACCCCAGAUUUUCACCACAAACCUGAACCUUGCAUAACACAUAAUGGAUGACCCAUUAGCUUAGUUUCCACCCCCUUGCGCAACCCCCUAGGUUGUCUCAGUUUCUCAGCAGUAGUCUGUUCUUGUGUCCCUGUCUGUGUCCAGUUCUCCAGAGUGGGAUGAGUUGGACCCAACUGAGAGAGAGGACCUGCAUCUACAGAUGGAGGACGGAGAGUUCUGGUAAGACUGGGCUUAUUGCGAUUCCAUGAGCUACUAAUAGUGCUGAGUCACAGUUCAACCUGAUAUUUUAAUCUUUCCUCUCUAAAUCAUAUGUUUCUCCAUCAGCCUUCAUCAGAAUUAGGCAAACAGCUAAUAAUAAUAAUUAUUAUUAUUAUUAUUAUUAUUAUUAUUUAUUACAUAUGUAAAGCGCUUUUCAUUAUACAAUAAUAAUUUCAAAGUGCAUCAAAUAAAAGUUAAAAUAGAAAAAUCGUUUUUUUUUUUUACAAAGCAUAUAUAUAUAUAUAUAUAUAUAUAUAGUGGGGAGAACAAGUAUUUGAUACACUGCCGAUUUUGCAUAUUUUCCUACUUACAAAGCAUGUAGAGGUCUGUAAUUUUUUAUCAUAGGUACACUUCAACUGUGAGAGACGGAGUCGAAAACAAAAAUCCAGAAAAUCACAUUGUAUGAUUUUUAAGUAAUUAAUUUGCAUUUUAUUGCAUGACAUACGUAUUUGAUCACCUACCAACCAGUAAGAAUUCUGGCUCUCACAGACCUGUUAGUUUUACUUUAAGAAGCCCUCCUGUUCUCCACUCAUUACCUGUAUUAACUGCACCUGUUUGAACUCGUAACCUGUAUAAAAGACACCUGUCCACACACUCAAUCAAAUAGACUCCAACCUCUCCACAAUGGCCAAGACCAGAGAGCUGUGUAAGGACAUCAGGGAUAAAAUUGUAGACCUGCACAAGGCUGGGAUGGGCUACAGGACAAUAGGCAAGCAGCUUGGUGAGAAGGCAACAACUGUUGGCGCAAUUAUUAGAACAUGGAAGAAGUUCAAGAUGAUGGUCAAUCACCCUCGGUCUGGGGCUCCAUGCAAGAUCUCACCUCGUGGGGCAUCAAUGAUCAUGAGGAAGGUGAGGGAUCAGCCCAGAACUACACGGCAGGACCUGGUCAAUGACCUGAAGAGAGCUGGGACCACAGUCUCAAAGAAAACCAUUAGUAAUACACUACGCCGUCAUGGAUUAAAAUCCUGCAGCGCACGCAAGGUCCCCCUGCUCAAGCCAGCGCAUGUCCAGGCCCGUCUGAAGUUUGCCAAUGACCAUCUGGAUGAUCCAGAGGAGGAAUGGGAGAAGGUCAUGUGGUCUGAUGAGACAAAAAUAGAGCUUUUUGGUCUAAACUCCACUCGCCAUGUUUGGAGGAAGAAGAAGGAUGAGUACAACCCCAAGAACACCAUCCCAACCGUGAAGCAUGGAGGUGGAAACAUCAUUCUUUGGGGAUGCUUUUCUGCAAAGGGGACAGGACAACUGCACCAUAUUGUGGGGAGGAUGAAUGGGGCCAUGUAUCGCGAGAUCUUGGCCAACAACCUCCUUCCCUCAGUAAGAGCAUUGAAGAUGGGUCGUGGCUGGGUCUUCCAGCAUGACAACGACACGAAACACACAGCCAGGGCAACUAAGGAGUGGCUCCGUAAGAAGCAUCUCAAGGUUCUGGAGUGGCCUAGCCAGUCUCCAGACCUGAACCCAAUAGAAAAUCUUUGGAGGGAGCUGAAAGUCCGUAUUGCCCAGCGACAGCCCCGAAACCUGAAGGAUCUGGGGAAGGUCUGUAUGGAGGAGUGGGCCAAAAUCCCUGCUGCAGUGUGUGCAAACCUGGUCAAGACCUACAGGAAACGUAUGAUCUCUGUAAUUGCAAACAAAGGUUUCUGUACCAAAUAUUAUGUUCUGCUUUUCUGAUGUAUCAAAUACUUACGUCAUGCAAUAAAAUGCAAAUUAAUUACUUAAAAAUCAUACAAUGUGAUUUUCUGGAUUUUUGUGUUAGAUUCCACCUCUCACAGUUGAAGUGUACCUAUGAUAAAAAUUACAGACCUCUACAUGCUUUGUAAGUAGGAAAACCUGCAAAAUCGGCAGUGUAUCAAAUACUUGUUCUCCACACUGUAUAUAUAUAUAUAUAACCAUGUCAUAAAAGCAAAAAUCAAAGUCUAGGAAGAAGGGUAGGCCAGCCGAUAGAGGUGAGUCUUAAGGCCUGCUUUAAAAGCCCCAACAGUCUGAACAGCCCUGAAAUGAUCAGGAGGGGAGUUCCAUAGGCGUGGUGCUCGGGCGGGGAAAGGCUCGGUCCCCCGUGCUCGGGGAGGGAAAGGCUCGGUCCCCCGUUGUUCGGGGAGGGAAAGGCUCAGUCCCCCGUUGUUCGGGGAGGGAAAGGCUCGGUCCCGCGUGCUCGGGGAGGGAAAGGCUCGGUCCCCCGUUGUUCGGCCGGGUCCUGGGUGCAUGAAGCAGUUUGGCGUGGCUUGACCGUAGGGUGCAUGGAGGUUCAUAGUGGGAGAGUAGAUCUGACAGGAAAGCAGGUCCGAUCCCAUUUAGGGCUUUGUAGACCAGGAGGAGAAUUUUAAAGUCAGUUCUUUUGAGGGACAGGUAGCCAAUGGACAUCAGCAAGAAUUAGGGUGAUGUGGGCAGGCUUUUUGGUUUGUGUCAGAAUCCUUGCAUCACUGUUUUGAAUGAGCUGUAAUUUAUUAAUUGAGUUUGCAGGCAGGGCUAAGUACUGCAUUCCCAUCAAUUCUGGAGAAAACGAAUGCAUGGAUAAGCUUUUCUGUGUCAGAAGUGGUGAGACAGGGUCUUAGGUGGGCAAGCCCCCAAACAAGACGACGUAGUAGGGUAUUAACAUCAUAAAGUUAUACAAGCUCAAUCAAAAUAUAAAAUAAUAUAAAAGGAAUAUAUGCCAUUUAGCAGACGCUUUUAUCCAAAGCGACUUACAGUCAUGUUAUGUAUGGGUUGCCUUAGCAGGAAUCGGACCCAUGACCUUUGACGUUGCAAGUGCCAUGCUUUACCGACUAAGGCGGCAGGUAGGCAAGUGGUUAAGGGCGUUGGGGCAGUAACCGAAAGGUCGCUGGUUCGAAUCCCCCAGCUGACUAAAUGAAAAGUAUGCCCAUGUGCCCUUGAGCAAGGCAUUUAACCCUAGUUCCUCCUGUAAGUUGCUCUGGAUAAGAGCAUCUGCUAUAUGACUAAAAUAUGAAAUAUUAACAAAAUAAAUAUAAAUAUAAGCAUGGAAAUCUCAAUCUAUGUUAUAUUCCCUCUAGGAUGUCAUUCCAGGAGUUCCUGAGGCAGUUUUCCCGUCUGGAGAUCUGUAACCUGACAGCCGACGCUCUGAGUGAGGACGGCCUCAGCCACUGGAACACCGUCAAGUUCCACGGCAUGUGGAGACGGGGGAGUACCGCCGGGGGCUGCCGUAACCACCCCAGUGAGUCACACACAGUUGACUAGUACAUAUUUUACAUACCAGAACACGUAGAACAUACCAGAACACGUAGAACAUACCAGAACACGUAGAACAUACCAGAACACGUAGAACAUACCAGAACACAUAGAACAUACCAGAACUCGUUAGAACAUUUACAGGAGAUUUACAUUAGAAUAAAGGGGAAGGAAAGGGGGAUAGUUAGUCAGUUGUACAACUGAACGCGUUCAACUGAAAUGUGUUUUCUGCAUUUAACCCAACCCCUUUGAAUCAGAGAAUACAGGGGCAGCCGGAGGAUGCAGGAAGGAACCACCCCAGUGAGUCAGAAUCAGAUCACGUACCAGAACACAGAAUAUUUGUGUCUAGAUGUCUCUAUUGAGGCCUAAGUCAAAUGUGAUUAGCUUAUUCUUACAAAAGUACAGACUCAGAGCUUCUAAAUGGUGUAUCAUACACUGUAGUUGGAGGAAACAUGGGGAAGUCAUGCUGCUUUAAAAGUUGAUACAUUCAGUAGAAGAAAAUGCCCUUUGAAAGAUUUUGUGGAGAUUUUCACACUUCAUAGAGAGCUCUUUGUUUAAACCCAUUCAGCAUCGUUCACACCCUCUUAAGCCUUAGCCCCACCCAUCUCUGAAGCCUUAGCCCCACCCAUCUCUUAAGCCUUAGCCCCACCCAUCUCUUAAGCCUUAGCCCCACCCAUCUCUUAAGCCUUAGCCCCACCCAUCUCUUAAGCCUUAGCCCCACCCAUCUCUUAAGCCUUAGCCCCACCCAUCUCUUAAACCUUAGCCCCACCCAUCUCUGAAGCCUUAGCCCCACCCAUCUCUUAAGCCUUAGCCCCACCCAUCUCUUAAGCCUUAGCCCCACCCAUCUCUUAAGCCUUAGCUCCACCCAUCUCUUAAACCUUAGCCCCACCCAUCUCUUAAACCUUAGCCCCACCCAUCUCUGAAGCCUUAGCCCCACCCACACAUCUAAACACAUGGGAGUCAGCAUGGUAUUGUCCUCCAGAAAGUUGUCUCUCUACUUUUAAACCCAGCUAAAUUCAGGGCAGCAAUAUUUUUCAGAGCUGUAACAACACUUUGGCAGUUGUCCAUAGCUUUCCAAAAAUCCACGGUAGCAAAGAUGAUCUAUAUACUGACCAAGGAAGCGCCCAUUCUUUUAUAGACAGAAGCCUGUGACAUGACAGACCAAUUAGGACUCAUCUCUCGGCAUGUCCAACCACUCCAUUAUCUCAGCCAAUCAUGACUAGCCUGAAAGCUUCCUGUCUUUCUCCAUGUAUAGCUCAGUACUUUCUUCUUGGUUAAACUAGGUUAAUCAGUUAACAUGUGUAUUCAUAUUAACAGAUCCCAGACCAGUUAAGGCACAUGAAAGUUCACAUGUUCAAGAAGGCAUUUCUGCAAUAAACAAAAAAAACGUAUUUUUUCUUUUCAAGCGGCCUACUGUGAAGUAGGAACUAGCGUCCGAUGCCUCAGAUACUGUAACUAAGUCACAUUUACAGUGAGUCAGAGUCAACAUGAUACCAUACCAGAGCAUGAAGAACAGUUCAGAUAUGAUGUUUACUAAACACUUAUAGAUGCAUAAUGAAACGGAACAGAACUGGACCACAGCAGCAUCAACCCCCAGUAUAACUCUGUUCUAUCCCCGUGUUCCUCUAGACACGUUCUGGAUCAACCCCCAGUAUAACUCUGUUCUAUCCCUGUGUUCCUCUAGACACGUUCUGGAUCAACCCCCAGUAUAACUCUGUUCUAUCCCUGUGUUACUCUAGACACGUUCUGGAUCAACCCCCAGUAUAACUCUGUUCUAUCCCUGUGUUCCUCUAGACACGUUCUGGAUCAACCCCCAGUAUAACUCUGUUCUAUCCCUGUGUUACUCUAGACACGUUCUGGAUCAACCCCCAGUAUAACUCUGUUCUAUCCCUGUGUUCCUCUAGACACGUUCUGGAUCAACCCCCAGUAUAACUCUGUUCUAUCCCUGUGUUCCUCUAGACACGUUCUGGAUCAACCCCCAGUAUAACUCUGUUCUAUCCCUGUGUUACUCUAGACACCACGUUCUGGAUCAACCCCCAGUAUAACUCUGUUCUAUCCCUGUGUUCCUCUAGACACGUUCUGGAUCAACCCCCAGUAUAACUCUGUUCUAUCCCUGUGUUACUCUAGACACGUUCUGGAUCAACCCCCAGUAUAACUCUGUUCUAUCCCCGUGUUACUCUAGACACCACGUUCUGGAUCAACCCCCAGUAUAACUCUGUUCUAUCCCUGUGUUACUCUAGACACGUUCUGGAUCAACCCCCAGUAUAACUCUGUUCUAUCCCUGUGUUCCUCUAGACACGUUCUGGAUCAACCCCCAGUAUAACUCUGUUCUAUCCCUGUGUUACUCUAGACACGUUCUGGAUCAACCCCCAGUAUAACUCUGUUCUAUCCCUGUGUUACUCUAGACACCACGUUCUGGAUCAACCCCCAGUAUAACUCUGUUCUAUCCCUGUGUUACUCUAGACACGUUCUGGAUCAACCCCCAGUAUAACUCUGUUCUAUCCCUGUGUUCCUCUAGACACGUUCUGGAUCAACCCCCAGUAUAACUCUGUUCUAUCCCCGUGUUCCUCUAGACACGUUCUGGAUCAACCCCCAGUAUAACUCUGUUCUAUCCCCGUGUUCCUCUAGACACGUUCUGGAUCAACCCCCAGUAUAACUCUGUUCUAUCCCUGUGUUCCUCUAGACACGUUCUGGAUCAACCCCCAGUAUAAGAUCACCCUGCUGGAGGAAGAUGAUGACCCUGAGGAUGAUGAGGUGGCCUGCAGCUUCCUGGUGGCUCUGAUGCAGAAGGAUAGGAGGAGGUACCGGGGCCAGGGACAGGACAUGCACACCAUCGGGUUCGCCAUCUACGAGGUGAGAGACAAGCAGGAUGCUACACAUUAACAAUCUAUCUGCCAUCAGACUUGUCUGGUUAAAUAAACUGCUCACGGACAUGCAGUACCGGUCAAAAGUUUUAUUUUUUUAUUUUUUAUUUUUUUCUACAUUGUAGAAUAAUAGUGAAGACAUCAAAACUAUGAAAUAACACAUAUGGAAUCAUGUAGUAACAAAAAAAGUGUUAAACAAAUCAAAAUAUAUUUUAUAUUUGAGAUUCUUCAAAUAGCCACCCUUUUGCCUUGAUGACAGCUUUGCACACUCUUGGCAUUCUCUCAACCAGCUUCAUGAGGAAUGCUUUUCCAAAAGUCUUGAAGGAGUUCCCACAUAUGCUGAGCACUUGUUGGCUGCUUUUCCUUCACUCUGCCGUCCGACUCAUCCCAAACCAUCUCAAUUGGGUUGAGGCCGGGGGGAUUGUGGAGGCCAGGUCAUCUGAUGCAGCACUCCAUCACUCUCCUUCUUGGUCAAAUAGCCCUUACACAGCCUGGAGGUGUGUUUUGGGUCAUUGUCCUGUUGAAAAACAAAUGAUAGUCCCACUAAGCCCAAACCAGAUGGGAUGGCGUAUCGAUGUAGAAUGCUGUGGUAGCCAUGCUGGUUAAGUGUGCCUUGAAUUCUAAAUAAAUCACAGACAGUGUCACCAGCAAAGCACCCCCACACCAUAACACCUCCUCCUCUAUGCUUUACGGUGGGAACUACACAUGCAGAGAUCAUCCGUUCACCUACUCUGCGUCUCACAAAGACACAGCGGUUGGAUCCCAAAAUCUCCAAUUUGCACUCCAGACCAAAGGACACAUUUUCCACCAGUCUAAUGUCCAUUGCUUGUGUUUCUUGGCCCAGAUGGGUCUGUGACUUGAACUCUGAAUCAUUUAUUUGGGCUGCAAUUUCUGAGGCUGGUGACUAAUGAAAUCAUCUGCAGCAGAGGUAACUCUGGGUCUUCCUUUCCUGUGGCGGUCCUCAUGAGAGCCAGUUUCAUCAUAGAUCUUGAUGGUUUUUGCGACUGCACUUGAGGAUACUUUCAAAGUUCUUGAAAUGUUCCAUUUUGACUGACCUUCAUGUCUUAAAGUGAUGAUGGACUGUCGUUUCUCUUUGCUUAUUUGAGCUGUUCUUGCCAUAAUAUGGACUUGGUCUUUUACCAAAUAGGGCAAUCUUCUGUAUACCCCCCCUACCUUGUCACAACACAACUGAAUGGCUCAAACGCAUUAAGAAGGAAAGAAAUUCCACAAAUUAACUUUUAAGAAGGCACACCUGUUAAUUGAAAUGCAUUCCAGGUGACUACCUCAUGAAGGUGGUUGAGAGAAUGCCAAGAGUAUGCAAAGCUGUCAUCAAGGCAAAGGGUGGCUGUUUGAAGAAUCUUAAAUAUAAAAUGGAUUUUGAUUUGGUUAACACUUUUUUGGUUACUACAUGAUUCCAUAUGUGUUAUUUCAUGGUUUUGAUGUCUUCACUAUUAUUCUACAAUGUAAAAAAAUAGUCAAAAUAAAGAAAAACCCUGGAAUGAGGAGGUGUGUGCAAUCUUUUGACCGGUACUGUACAUUUUUUAUGUUUCCUUCAUUUUGUUUCUCGUUUCUUUGUGCAGAUUCCAGAAGAGGUAUGGAAGGUUUCACCACAACUAUAUAUUUCAGGAUUUUGCUUCAUGCAGCUUCAUGCCUUGGCGCAUUUGUGCAAAUGAUCACUUCCUAGGGUAUGGCUUAAUUAUUUGUUAAUUUAAAUGAUACACACUUAACCCCAUCUAGUUGAGCUUCAAACCCCACAUCUGUCUCGGUUUCCUACCUUGAUCCUCUGCAGUACAGGGGCUGUCAGAACGUGCACCUAAAGAAAGACUUCUUCCUGACCCACUCAUCCUGCGCUCGCUCUGAGACCUUUAUCAACCUGAGAGAGGUCAGCAACCGUCUCCGUCUGCCUCCAGGAGAAUACCUCAUCGUCCCCUCCACCUUCGAGUCUGGCCAAGAGGCCGACUUCGUCCUCCGAGUCUUCACUGAGAAACAGUCCGAGACAGAGUAAGUGUGUGUGUGUGUGUGUGUGUGUGUGUGUGUGUGUGUGUGUGUGUUUGUGGUCUGUGUGUGUUGAUUUUCAUUGUGUCUGUUGUCUCAUUCCAGAGAGCUAGAUGAUAUGAUAUCUGCAGACCUGGAAGAUGAGGUGUGUUUUCUCAACACAUACAGUCACUCACUUUCUUUUGGCCCCUCAAAGUUUUUAGUAAAACAUAUAUAUAUAUACAUACACACACUAUAUAUACAAAAGUAUGUGGACUCCCCUUCAAAUUAGUGGAUUCGGCUAUUUCAGUCAUACCCGUUGCUGACAGGUGUAUAAAAUUGAGCACACAGCCAUGUAAAGACUUCAUUAUCAUGUUAUUGAAUACUCGUUCUAGUUGAUGAUCCCUGAUGUAAAGACUUCAUUAUCAUGUUAUUGAAUACUCGUUCUAGUUGAUGAUCCCUGAUGUAAAGACUUCAUUAUCAUGUUAUUGAAUACUCGUUCUAGUUGAUGAUCCCUGAUGUAAAGACUUCAUUAUCAUGUUAUUGAAUACUCGUUCUAGUUGAUGAUCCCUGAUGUAAAGACUUCAUUAUCAUGUUAUUGAAUACUCGUUCUAGUUGAUGAUCCCUGAUGUAAAGACUUCAUUAUCAUGUUAUUGAAUACACAUUCUUCCAUUGUACACUUCUGAUGAAAUGGUUGAAAUGACAUCACAGCCUCAGCUUCCACCUGUCCCCUUAUAGGGCCCCAUCACUGAAGAUGACAUCGACGACUCUUUCAAAUCCAUGUUUGCUCAGCUGGCAGGAGAGGUUAGGUUUCCAUUAUUUGUCUGUCAGCUAUUAGAUAAAGUUAGAGAUGGCCACCGUAGAUAUCAGCUACGCUAUAGGUAGUUGAACUAACAAAUAUACUUGAACCUCUUAAGAUUUUUUCUAAACCUAUCUAUGUCUAAAGCCAUGGUUUUCUCAAUGUUCCCUCUGUGACUAUAGGACAUGGAGAUAUCUGUCCGUGAGCUCAGGACCAUCCUGAACAGGGUGGUGACUAGACGUGAGUACAGAGGUUUCCUUUGGUUUGAACCCACAAUGUCCUCAUACACUAUUGACCCCAACCCGCAGGACAGCCCACCAUUGGUGUAAGCCCUCCCCUUCUCAGGAGGACAGGAUGUGUAUCCUUGUGGGUUCUGCUGUAGGGAGACUCAGAUCAUCAGUUUGACUGUUUGGUGGUUGUGUGCUUUCAGACAAAGACCUGAAGACAGACGGUUUCAGUAUGGAGUCCUGUAGGACCAUGGUCAACCUCAUGGAUGUAUCCUCCUCUACUGUCUGUCUGUGUUGAUCAGGGUCUCCACCAUAGACAGAGAAUGACUAGAAUGGACAUUCCAAUUCAUGUCAGUUGGGGAAGGGUUCUAGUCAUUCUCUUUCUAUGGUGGAGACUGAUCAGUGUUUCAGUAAGACAGUCAGUCAGCUAUUGAGUGUUUCAGUAAGACAGUCAGUCAGCUAUUGAGUGUUUCAGUAAGACAGUCAGUCAGCUAUUGAGUGUUUCAGUAAGACAGUCAGUCAGCUAUUGAGUGUUUCAGUAAGACAGUCAGUCAGUUAUUGUGUUUCAGUAAGACAGUCAGUCAGUUAUUGAGUGUUUCAGUAAGACAGUCAGUCAGUUAUUGAGUGUUUCAGUAAGACAGUCAGUCAGCUAUUGAGUGUUUCAGUAAGACAGUCAGUCAGUUAUUGAGUGUUUCAGUAAGACAGUCAGUCAGUUAUUGAGUGUUUCAGUAAGACAGUCAGUCAGUUAGUGUUUCAGUAAGACAGUCAGUCAGCUAUUGAGUGUUUCAGUAAGACAGUCAGUCAGCUAUUGAGUGUUUCAGUAAGACAGUCAGUCAGUUACUGAGUGUUUCAGUAAGACAGUCAGUCAGUUAUUGAGUGUUUCAGUAAGACAGUCAGUCAGUUAUUGAGUGUUUCAGUAAGACAGUCAGUCAGUUAUUGAGUGUUUCAGUAAGACAGUCAGUCAGUUAUUGAGUGUUUCAGUAAGACAGUCAGUCAGCUAUUGAGUGUUUCAGUAAGACAGUCAGUCAGUUAUUGAGGGAGUGUUUCAGUAAGACAGUCAGUCAGUUAUUGAGGGAGUGUUUCAGUAAGACAGUCAGUCAGUUAUUGUGUUUCAGUAAGACAGUCAGUCAGCUAUUGAGUGUUUCAGUUAGACAGUCAGUCAGCUAUUGAGUGUUUCAGUAAGACAGUCAGUCAGCUAUUGAGUGUUUCAGUAAGACAGUCAGUCAGUUAUUGAGUGUUUCAGUAAGACAGUCAGUCAGCUAUUGAGUGUUUCAGUAAGACAGUCAGUCAGUUAUUGAGUGUUUCAGUAAGACAGUCAGUCAGUUAUUGAGUGUUUCAGUAAGACAGUCAGUCAGUUAUUGUGUUUCAGUAAGACAGUCAGUCAGCUAUUGAGUGUUUCAGUAAGACAGUCAGUCAGCUAUUGAGUGUUUCAGUAAGACAGUCAGUCAGCUAUUGAGUGUUUCAGUAAGACAGUCAGUCAGUUAUUGAGUGUUUCAGUAAGACAGUCAGUCAGCUAUUGAGUGUUUCAGUAAGACAGUCAGUCAGCUAUUGAGUGUUUCAGUAAGACAGUCAGUCAGCUAUUGAGUGUUUCAGUAAGACAGUCAGUCAGCUAUUGAGUGUUUCAGUAAGACAGUCAGUCAGUUAGUGUUUCAGUAAGACAGUCAGUCAGUUAUUGAGUGUUUCAGUAAGACAGUCAGUCAGUUAUUGAGGGAGUGUUUCAGUAAGACAGUCAGUCAGUUAUUGAGUGUUUCAGUAAGACAGUCAGUCAGUUAUUGUGUUUCAGUAAGACAGUCAGUCAGCUAUUGAGUGUUUCAGUAAGACAGUCAGUCAGUUAUUGAGUGUUUCAGUAAGACAGUCAGUCAGUUAUUGAGUGUUUCAGUAAGACAGUCAGUCAGCUAUUGAGUGUUUCAGUAAGACAGUCAGUCAGCUAUUGAGUGUUUCAGUAAGACAGUCAGUCAGUUAUUGAGUGUUUCAGUAAGACAGUCAGUCAGUUACUGAGUGUUUCAGUAAGACAGUCAGUCAGUUAUUGAGUGUUUCAGUAAGACAGUCAGUCAGUUAUUGAGUGUUUCAGUAAGACAGUCAGUCAGUUAUUGUGUUUCAGUAAGACAGUCAGUCAGCUAUUGAGUGUUUCAGUAGGACUGUCAGUCAGCUAUUGAGUGUUUCAGUAAGACAGUCAGUCAGCUAUUGAGUGUUUCAGUAAGACAGUCAGUCAGUUAUUGAGGGAGUGUUUCAGUAAGACAGUCAGUCAGUUAUUGAGGGAGUGUUUCAGUAAGACAGUCAGUCAGUUAUUGAGUGUUUCAGUAAGACAGUCAGUCAGUUAUUGUGUUUCAGUAAGACAGUCAGUCAGCUAUUGAGUGUUUCAGUAAGACAGUCAGUCAGCUAUUGAGUGUUUCAGUAAGACAGUCAGUCAGCUAUUGAGUGUUUCAGUAAGACAGUCAGUCAGCUAUUGAGUGUUUCAGUAAGACAGUCAGUCAGUUAGUGUUUCAGUAAGACAGUCAGUCAGUUAUUGAGUGUUUCAGUAAGACAGUCAGUCAGUUAUUGAGGGAGUGUUUCAGUAAGACAGUCAGUCAGCUAUUGAGUGUUUCAGUAAGACAGUCAGUCAGUUAUUGUGUUUCAGUAAGACAGUCAGUCAGCUAUUGAGUGUUUCAGUAAGACAGUCAGUCAGCUAUUGAGUGUUUCAGUAAGACAGUCAGUCAGCUAUUGAGUGUUUCAGUAAGACAGUCAGUCAGCUAUUGAGUGUUUCAGUAAGACAGUCAGUCAGCUAUUGAGUGUUUCAGUAAGACAGUCAGUCAGUUAUUGAGUGUUUCAGUAAGACAGUCAGUCAGCUAUUGAGUGUUUCAGUAAGACAGUCAGUCAGUUAUUGAGGGAGUGUUUCAGUAAGACAGUCAGUCAGCUAUUGAGUGUUUCAGUAAGACAGUCAGUCAGCUAUUGCGUGUUUCAGUAAGACAGUCAGUCAGUUACUGAGUGUUUCAGUAAGACAGUCAGUCAGCUAUUGCGUGUUUCAGUAAGACAGUCAGUCAGUUAUUGAGUGUUUCAGUAAGACAGUCAGUCAGCUAUUGAGUGUUUCAGUAAGACAGUCAGUCAGUUAUUGAGGGAUUGUUUCAGUAAGACAGUCAGUCAGCUAUUGAGGGAGUGUUUCAGUAAGACAGUCAGUCAGCUAUUGAGGGAGUGUUUCAGUAAGACAGUCAGUCAGCUAUUGAGGGAGUGUUUCAGUAAGACAGUCAGUCAGCUAUUGAGGGAGUGUUUCAGUAAGACAGUCAGUCAGCUAUUGAGUGUUUCAGUAAGACAGUCAGUCAGUUAGUGUUUCAGUAAGACAGUCAGUCAGUUAUUGAGUGUUUCAGUAAGACAGUCAGUCAGUUAUUGAGUGUUUCAGUAAGACAGUCAGUCAGUUAUUGAGUGUUUCAGUAAGACAGUCAGUCAGUUAUUGAGUGUUUCAGUAAGACAGUCAGUCAGUUAUUGAGUGUUUCAGUAAGACAGUCAGUCAGCUAUUGAGGGAGUGUUUCAGUAAGACAGUCAGUCAGCUAUUGAGGGAGUGUUUUCAGUAAGACAGUCAGUCAGUUAUUGAGUGUUUCAGUAAGACAGUCAGUCAGCUAUUGAGUGUUUCAGUAAGACAGUCAGUCAGCUAUUGAGGGAGUGUUUCAGUAAGACAGUCAGUCAGCUAUUGAGGGAGUGUUUUCAGUAAGACAGUCAGUCAGCUAUUGAGGGAGUGUUUCAGUAAGACAGUCAGUCAGCUAUUGAGUGUUUCAGUAAGACAGUCAGUCAGUUAGUGUGUUCAGUAAGACAGUCAGUCAGUUAGUUAGGUGUUUCAGUAAGACAGUCAGUCAGUUAAUUGGAGUGUUUCAGUAAGACAGUCAGUUCAGUUAUUGAGUGUUUUCAGUUAAGACAGUCAGGUCAGUCAUUGAGUGUUUCAGUAAGACAGUCAGUCAGAGUUAUUGAGGUUUCAGUAAGACAGUCAGUCAGUUACUGAGUGUUUCAGUAAGACAGUCCAGUCAGCUAUUGAGGUUUCAGUAAGACAGUCAGUCAGUUAGUGUUUCAGUAAGACAGUCAGUCAGUUAGUGUUUCAGUAAGACAGUCAGUCAGUUAUUGAGUGUUUUCAGUAAGCAGUCAGUCAGUUAUUGAGUAUUUCAGUAAGGACAGUCAGUCAGUUAUUGAGUGUUUCAGUAAGACAGGUCGUCAGUUAUUGAGUGUUUCAGUAAGACAGUAGUCAGCUAUUGAGGGAGGUUUCAGUAAGACAGUCAGUCAGUUAUUGAGUGUUUCAGUAAGACAGUCAGUCAGUUAGUGAGUGUUUCAGUAAGACAGUCAGUCAGUUAUUGAGUGUUUCAGUAAGACAGUCAGUCAGUUAUUGAGGGCUUUCUCUUUAGUCCUCUACAUUCUUUGACCCAGAGAUCACUCAGAAAGAUGGCAGUGCCCGUUUAGGCCUGAUAGAGUUCCAGCUCCUCUGGAAUAAGAUCAGGAAGUGGCUGGUAAGGUCUGGUUCAUCUAUCGACCACAUAACUAGAAUGAGAUUAUGUCUAAAACCAUGUACUGCUGUUGGUGAGAGCUAAGGGGACUGUAAUUCCUUAGGGCCCUGGUUUGUAUUUGGCUCGAAGGACUACAAUACUGAUUAAAGGAAUAUUACUCUGCAUUCAUCUACAUCUUUUGAACAACUGAAAUAACAGGAACAACAGAACAUACAGUACCAGUAAAUCCAGAACAUUUCAAGAACUUUUACAUUUUCUUCAAGUGCAGUCACAAAAACCAUCAAGCGCUAUGAUGAAACUGGCUCUCAUGAGGACCGCCACAGGAAAGGAAGACCCAGAGUUACCUCUGCUGCAGAGGAUACGUUUAUUAGAGUUAACUGCACCUCAGAUUGCGGCCAAAUAAAUGCUUCACAGAGUUCAAGUAACAGACACAUCUCAACAUCAACUGUUCAGAGGAGACUGCGUGAAUCAGGCCUUCAUGGUCGAAUUGCUGCAAAGAAACCACUACUUAAGGAAACCAAUAAGAAGAGACUUGCUUGGGCCAAGAAACAUGAGCAAUGGACAUUAGACCGGUGGAAAUCUGUUCUUUGGUCUGAUGAGUCCAAGUUUGAGAUUUUUGGUUCCAACCGCCGUGUCUUUGUGAGAUGCAGAGUAGGUGAACGGAUGAUCUCUGCAUGUGUGGUUCUCACCGUAAAGCAUGGAGGAGGUGGUGUGAUGGUGUGGGGGUGCUUUGCUGGUGACACUGUUGGUGAUUUAUUUAGAAUUCAAGGCACACUUAACAAGCAUGGCUACCACAGCAUUCUGCAGCGAUACGCCAUCCCAUCUGGUUUGGGCUUAGUGGGACUAUCAUUUGUUUUUCAACAGGACAAUGACCCAAAGCACACCUCCAGGCUGUAUAAGGGCUAUUUGACCAAGGAGAGUGAUGGAGUGCUGCAUCAGAUGACCUGGCCUCCACAAUCACCCGACCUCAACCCAAUUGAGAUGGUUUGGGAGGAGUUGGACCGCAAAGUGAAGGAAAUGCAGCCAACGAGUGCUCAGCAUAUGUGGGAACUCCUUCAAGACUGUUGGAAAAGCAUUCCUCAUGAAGCUGGUUGAGAGAAUACCAAGAGUGUGCAAAGCUGUCAUCAAGGCAAAAGGGUGGCUAUUUGAAGAAUCUCAAAUAUAAAAUAUAUUUUGAUUUGUUUAACACUUUUUUGGAUUACUACAUGAUUCCAUAUGUGUUAUUUAAUAGUUUUGAUGGCUUCACUAUUAUUCUACAAUGUAGAAAAUAGUAAAAAAUAAAGAAAAACCAUUGAAAGAGUAGGUGUCUCCAAACUUUUGACAGGUACUGUAAAUAUACAGUAUGUAUAGAAUCAUGUAAAGGAAAUGUAUUUCCACUUUCAAAUUAUUAUGGUGGGAUUCAAUCCAAGGCGCUAUAGCGCCAAGCACUAUAAAGCACUGUAAAGCUGACAAUGCGUAUUUUAAAGUCAUUUUCAUGGUAAGCGCUGUGCAUGUCGGCUGCGCUAUUGAGAAUAUGAUAUCUGUGUGUUUAUCGGUAGGUCAUCUACAGAGAAUAUGAUAUCUGUGUGUUUAUCGGUAGGUCAUCUAUAGAGAAUAUGAUAUCUGUGUGUUUAUCGGUAGGUCAUCUAUAGAGAAUAUGAUAUCUGUGUGUUUAUCGGUAGGUCAUCUAUAGAGAAUAUGAUAUCUGUGUGUUUAUCGGUAGGUCAUCUAUAGAGAAUAUGAUAUCUGUGUGUUUAUCGGUAGGUCAUCUAUAGAGAAUAUGAUAUCUGUGUUAGGUGUUUAGAUGCGGGUUAGGGUCAUCUGUAGAGAAUAUGAUAUUUGUGUGUUUAUCGGUAGGUCAUCUAUAGAGAAUAUGACAUGGACAAGUCCGGGUCCAUGAGCUCCUAUGAGAUGCGACUUGCUGUGGAGUCUGCAGGUAUAGUUACACACACACACACACACACACACACACACACACACACACACACACACACACACUACUGACUCUGUCCUCAUAGGUUUUAAACUGAACAACAGACUGAAUCAGGUCCUAGUGGCUCGCUAUGCUGAGAACGAGGCCAUAGACUUCGACAACUUCGUCUGCUGUCUGGUCAAACUGGAAGCCAUGUUUAGUAAGUACUGUCAGUUCAUGUUAGUACUGUUAUACUGUAUAUUAUAUUAGUCAUGAUGAAUGUAUGAUUAAUGCCAUCAAACUAGAAUUACUGUACACAAUAUGGCCGUCGGCCCACCCGUCACAGAACGUUGACUUGAAUGGAAAUAUUUGUUCUAGUCAUUAGUCUAGUAUUUCAAUGAUUAACAGUAAUGCCCUUUGAAGCAGAGAACAGGUCAUAUCCUAUCAAAGGUUACACAAGACUUUCCACAUUGUGUUUAUAUACACUGAGUGUACAAACCAUGAGGAACACCUCCCUAAUAUUGAGUUGCACCCCCCCCCCCUGUCUCCUCCCCUUAAUCUACACUGAUUUGAAGUGGAUUUAACAAGUGACAUCAAUAAGGGAUCAUAGCUUUCACCUGGAUUCACCUGGUCAGUCUGUCAUGGAAAGAGCAGGUGUUCAUAAUGUUUUGUCCACUCACUCUAUCCUUAUAGGAUCUUUCCAGCAGCUGGACAAAGAGGAAGAAGGAGUGGUUGAGAUGAACAUCACUGAGGUGGGUCCUGGGUAGCAUUCUCUACAUUUCAACAAACUACCAUGCAAUGUAGCAGCCUGGGAUCUGUGUGUGGUCUAAUCUAUCUCUCUCUCUCUCUCUCUCUGGUGUCUCCUCUGUCUGGUGUCUCUCUCUCUCUCUGGUGUCUCCUCUGUCUGGUGUCUCUCUCUCUCUCUGUCUCUCUCUCUCUCUCUCUUCUCUGUCUCUCUUCUCUCUUCUCUCUGUCUCUCUUCUCUCUUCUCUGCUCUCCCUCUUUAUUUAUUUAUUUAGUGGCUGUAUAUGACCAUGUGUGGUUGAAGAGGACCAGUCUUAUCCCAGGAGACAGAACAGCCGAGUGCCUCUUCCCUGGUACCAUGAAGAGCUCCUAGCCUUAGUGUCCUCUGCCUGAUCUGAACUAUAGGGCUGACCUGUACUGUACUGACCCCAUUGUCCUUUCCAGCACUGUUCUGGCUACUAUGGUGAAAACAAACCAGUUCUGUUUGGCCCUAUAGUGUGAAUCAGUUACUCCAGCCAACUACAGUACAGGAUGGCCCCCUCACCCACUCCACCACUGGAUGGCCCCCUCACCCACUCACCAACUACAGGAUGGCCCCCUCACCCCCUCCACCACUACAGGAUGGCCCCCUCACCCACUCCACCAACUACAGGAUGGCCCCCUCACCACACUACAGGAUGGCCCCCUCACCCACUACAGGGCCCCACACCAACUACAGGAUGGCCCCCUCACCCACUCACAUACGAUGCCCCUCACCCACUCCCAACUAAGGAGGCCCCUCACCCACAUACAGUGCCCCCCUCACCCACUACAGGAUGGCCCCUCACCCUACACCCAACCUCACCAUAUGUAG